AAUAUAAAAUUAAAAUACGUCAUUAUCAUGGCAGUGUAGGUGACAUAUCGUGAACCUUACAAUAAAUAAUUGAGGCGAGGCUGGGAGGCGAGACUUUGGACAGGCCGCGAGGAAAACAAGCCAGCGUGGUGAGUUGGUGACACAGGCUGACGAGGCGAUUAACGACACCCUGCUAACACACUGCGGGGACACACCAGCCCCUGCCCUACUGCUCUGUGUGGAGGUGGUGAACUGUGAACUGCGACAAUGUUUAAUCCAAGCACAUUUGGGUCCAGUGGCAGUAGCUUUACAGGAUUUGGUUUAUCUACCACCACACCUGCUACUGCCAAUCCCAUGAAGGAUUUUGAGGUUGUUAAUCCUCCAGAUGACUCAGUCCAGUGCAUGGCAUUCUCUCCACCCUCCAUUCCCCAAGAUUUUUUGGUUGCUGGAAGUUGGGACAAUAAUGUACGAUGCUGGGAAGUGCAGAGAGAUGGAAAAACAAUUGGCAAAGCCCAACAAACCAUGGGAGGGCCUGUUAUGGAUGUGGCAUGGCAUGACGAUGGCAGCAAGGUUUUUAUGGCAAGUGCUGACAAAACUGUCCAUUGCUGGGACUUAGGAAGCAAUCAGAAGAUGCAGGUGGCUCAGCACGAUGCUCCUGUGAAGACAGUCCACUGGAUCAAGGCACCAACAUACUCCUGUAUCAUGACUGGCUCUUGGGACAAAACUUUAAAGUUCUGGGACACAAGAAGUGCACAGCCAAUCAUGACCAUCAACCUACCUGAGCGGUGCUAUUGUGCAGAUGUGGAGUAUCCCAUGGCAGUUGUUGGCACUGCAAACAGGCAUUUAAUUGUUUACCAGCUUGAAGGUCAGCCUCAAGAAUUCAAACAGAUAGAAUCGCCAUUGAAGUAUCAGCACAGAUGUGUUGCAAUCUUCAAAGACAAGAAAGGUGCUGGUGCUCCUGCUGGCUUUGCCCUUGGCAGUGUGGAGGGUCGGGUUGCCAUACAGUACAUUGUUGCAGCAUCACCAAGAGACAACUUCACCUUCAAGUGUCACCGCUCAAAUGGCACCUCAAAUGGUUUUCAAGAUAUAUAUGCUGUAAAUGACAUAAAGUUCCACCCAGUCCAUGGAACACUAUCCACAGUUGGUUCUGACGGCAGAUUUAGUUUUUGGGACAAAGAUGCUCGAACAAAGCUUAAAAAUUCUGAAGCAAUGGAGCAGCCAAUAUCCUGUUGCGCUUUCAGUCAUAAUGGCCAAAUAUUUGCUUAUGCUGUAUCCUAUGAUUGGUCAAAGGGUCACGAAUAUUUCAAUCCGCAGAAGAAAAAUUAUAUAUUCCUGAGGUCGUGCUACGAUGAACUUAAACCUCGGAGUCGUUAAUGGAGACCUUACAACCUUAUUUGGGUUCUUGGGUCAUGCCAGCUGUUCUGCUGUUGAUUCUGUUGCUGCUGCAGCUGCUGCUGCUGCUGCUGCUGCUGCUAUUACUGUCUGGAAAAGCAAAAUAUUUGUCUUUUAUUUCACUUUGUUGAUAUUUUCAUAUGACCUCUAACUGAAAUUUUUGUACUGUAUUUAGUUUCAGGGUUUGUCCAUCAAUAUCAGUUUGACUUUGGGGAUUUAUUACUGGAGCUCAGUGUUUCAAAGACAAUUAGAGGUGAUGAAUUUCAGUUAAAACUUUAAGUAAUUUAAUAUUUUUGUGUCAUCAGCUUUCAAGAAUGCAGGAAUUUCAGGGAGAAAAGUCACAUCAUUAUUGUCUUGCUUUUUAUUGCCAGUAUAAAAAUAAACAUUCAGUUUUAUUAAUCUAUAACAUUUGUGCUACAUAAUUUAUAUAGCCUUAAUCAGAGCAGAGAUUUGCUGUACUUUUACUUUGAUUUUGUUAAGAUACUGAUAUGUAAGAGUAGAACAUUUAUAAUUUUUUUUUUUUUUAGAAAAGAACUCUGGAAUACAAUUCAAUAUGUUAAUUUAACAAGAAAUAGCACAUCUGAAUAAAAAACUAAUCAG